AUGGCCGUGGAACACAUGCAGAGCUCAAUAUGGCACAUUGUACUCACUGCUGUCUCACUUGGCAUUGUUCAUGUGCUUUCGGGGCCGGACCAUCUUGGUGCUUUAGUAGCGCUCUCAAAUGGGAAAUCGUGGCGUCAGGCGUUUUUACUUGGUGCGCAAUGGGGAUGUGGUCAUUCAAUUGGGAUUGUGGCUGUUGUCAUCCUGUGUAUAUUCAUAACUGGUCAAAUUUGGGCACCGAAUAGAGCGUUCAGUACUCUGUUGAAAUACGUGACUGGUAUUUCUCUCGUACUCCUUGGAAUCUGGACAUUUUACCGUGCAACGAAAGAGUACAAGGAGACACCUGAAUCAAGAGAAAUGACACCUCUUCCAAAGUCACACUCGAAUCAAAUACCGUGUCAUGAUGCAUCGUAUAUUCUAUUGCAGUCAGUUGACGAUUCAAUGGGAAAAACACAAUUUACUGCAUCAGCUGCUAGCAUUGGAGCAGGUAUUGUCCAUGGUAUUGCAGGACCAGGCUCUCUAUUGGCAGUAAUCCCGACGCUUGCAAUGCAUCAAGAUACUUUUCGGGCUCUGUUGUAUCUUGUCUGCUUUUGUGCAAGUUCCAUUGUGGCUAUGGGAUCAUUUGCUGCACUAUAUGGAGAGUUAACUCAACGUGGCGGUAGAUCUCAAUCGCCAAGUGCUGCAUAUUAUAUUGGUGUCAUAUCAUCAGCAUUGUCGAUAUGUGUAGGAAUUGUAUGGAUCAUUUGGUAA